UGAAUGCAAACCCUAAAUUUAAUCAAUGUUGUUAUAUAUGUAUAUAUUUAUGAACUUGAUAGUAAUGUUGAUUUUGUACGUAUUGUUGUAGAAAUGGCUUCAUUUCGUGUGACUGUUGUAUGUUUUUGGAAUGGUUCAAUUCGAUCAAGUAGUAGCAAUGUUAAAUAUGUUGGGGGAAGACGUAAACUGUUUGCAUGCAACUCAAACAUGGAUUUGAAUGAAUUUAAACACCUUAAAUGCUCUAAGAUUGGCAUUGACACUACAAGAAGUACUGUUAAUGUAAGUUCUAAAUAUAAUAUGAGUGGAGAAUUGUUAGCUCUUCCGGUUGAGGAUGAGGAGGCUAUAGAUACAAUGUGGGAGUAUUCAAAGUCUACCUCUAUUCUUUCUUUAGAGUUAUAUGUAGAAGAGGUAUCCUUAGGGAAUCAUGAUGUCAGUGUUGUGGAAACAAAUGCAUUCCUGAAUGUAACUUCUUCUACUCCUUCUCCUACGCCCUUCCCUACCCAUGAAACCCCAAAUCCCAUUAUGCCAUCUUUCUCUUUUCCUUCUAAUGAUGGUACUUUUAACUUAGAAAAUACAGAUGAGCCUUAGGAUGAUGUUAAUAGUGAGAGUAAUGAAUUCGUUGAAACUCCUUCUGAGGACGAAGUGGGUGUUGAUGAGGAGGCUCUAGCUAAUGACAUGACCUUAAGCAACAUUCCAACAAUCGUUGCUCCUACACCUUAUGCACUAGUUCCCCCUCUAGAUGAACACGUUGAGGAAAACUCUUGGAGGUCUUGGGCAUGUGAUACAACCUACUCCGAUGAAGGAGAGUUUCAAAAGGGCAUGAUGUUUGAUAAUAAGGAUGCCUUGUUGGACGCUGUUAGAUUGUAUCAUAUUCUUAGGAACAUUGAGUACCAAAUUGAGACUUCGAUUCAAACCGUGCUCACUUUGAAGUGUAAGAGAGGGUGUGCUUGGAGGCUAAGGGCUAGGAAGAGCUCCUAUUCACCUUCAUGGGAGAUUGUUACAUAUAAAGGGAAGCAUGGGGGUUGUGUAUUAAGUACUGAAAAUGUGUCAGCUGGACACAUUCGUUUGACAUCUUUCGUGAUUAACAAUGUUAUUAGAAAUUGUGUUGCUGAAGACCCAUCAGUUAAGGUCUCUGUGGUGCGACAAAUGGUGAAAGACCAAUUUGGUGUCGAAAUGACCUGCUACACUACCCAGAGCUAUGUGAACACAUAUGAAUUCAUAUUCAUGUCAUGGAUUGAUAAGAGGUUUAUGACCUCAAUACACCGGUGUUGAGGUGAUACACGAUCCAGAUCACAUUCGUGGACUAGGAAGACCUAAGUCAAGGAGGAUCACCAACGAGAUGGACGGAGGAUCAAAGAGACGCAACGCUUGUCGACGGUGUGGUAGUGAAAGUCACAACACUAGAACUUGCACGUCAAGGUAAACUGUAUUUGAGUAUAGACACAUAAAGACUAUGAAAACAACUAAAUAACAUAAGUAAACAAUUUGAGUAUUUGUUAAGUCUUUUACGUAUAAUUAAAACUACAACUAAGUUAUUGUUGAAUUAUAGUAGAGAUGGAUCUAGCAGCUCCAGGCCCUCGCGACCCUAAUGUACUGACGAUGCAGGCGGAUCACAGAAGCAGUGUACUAUGGAAUGUCCAGGUGUCUGACACAGAGACCAUAUACACCAAGCAUCCCGACUCUGCUCCGUGGCAGAUUGAUGCACGGAUCAUCCCCUACAUUCAACGAGCAAGGUUGUACGACUUUCAUCUCAUCGCUUAUGGGAGAGUCGAUCGGGCGCUAGUCACGACUUUAGUCGAACGGUAGCACUAAGAGACACAUACCUUCCACCUACCUCUAGGUGAAGCUACUGUCACUUUGCUUGACGUAGCUGUGCUUACUCGGCUUCUCAUCGAGGGACAUGCCGUCUUUACCGUUGGAUGCCAACUCGACAGUUGGCAAGAUAUAGUGCAUAGGGUAUUAGGAGUCCGACCUCCCCCAAAGGUAGUCAAAGGGACACAGUUUCAGCACUUCAUUCCAGAAGUCGUGUGCUUGACAUCACUAUGGACAAGCAGGGUUCAUCUCCUCAUCAUGCCGACGUUCAUCUUGAGGAGGUAGACUUAUCGUGCCCCGACUAUGGUGCCGGGUCCUCACAGGGUGCUGGAUCAUCCCAGUAUCAAUCACCUCCCUUACCCGAGCGUCAUGCGACGACCUCUUACUAUCGUAGGAGGCGUAAAAGACCGUCACAGUUAGAGAGGGUAUAGGAGGAGGAUUAGCAUUAGUAUAGUGUUUUUAUAUAUUAAACAUUAGUAAUGUUUUGUAUAUAUUGAAUAUUUGUAACAU